AUGGGAUUACAGUGGUCAAUCAAACCAUUUUGUGCCUUAUAUGAUGCAAUCUCAGUGGAUGAUUCAAGUUUGAAACAAGCAUUAAUCAAUGAACUAUCUGAAGAUUUAGUAUCGUUAAUUGUCACGAAACCAAAAAAUGAAGUAUCUAGAAACAAAUUACAAACCGGUGAAGUUACUUUUUCAGAUGGAUCUAUUUAUAAGUUGAAUAAGGCGUUUAUAGAUGACUCGGUCCAGCUAUCUACAGAAUUGGAAAUUGAUGAGCUUGAUGCAGCUGAAUUAUUAUACCACGCAUCAGGUGGCGAACUAGAUAGUUUAGGUACGAGUUACCUAGACACGGCAAUAGCUGCUUUCUACAAUCGAAGAGAUUAUAUACUUCAAAUUAUGGCAUUUUUCUUAUGCUCCAAAGAGUCUAAUAACUCAAUGGACGAAGCUUAUAACUCAUCUCUGGUUUCUAAUUCGGAUGGAAACAAAUCAAUAGCCACUGAAAUUUCAAAUGUUCAAAACUUUGCCAUCACUAGAAUUCUUGGAUCCUUUAAGUUGAUCGAAAGGGAGUUGGAGUCCAUUCAUGAAGCUGUUAACAGAAUGAAAAUAUUGGGUACAUAUCAUGAAAAUUCACCUAGUAUGCAAAAAUUAACAUUCAGAAGGAAUUCUCUGUUCAAUGAAUAUCAGUUGUUAGGAGAAAUUUUGCUUGGUUACGUUAAUGCAAAUUUACAAAAAGCAUUUACAAUGGACCAUUUUAUUCAAUUGCUCGAUCAUGUCUCAUUAUUUGACCCGCAAGACAUUUUUGCGUUGUGUUUUGUUCCUUCGUUAUUAUGCUACAUAUCUAAGUUGGAUAUAUUGGAUACUGCUACUGUCGAAAAACUACACUUAAAACUUAUAUCUUAUGUUGAUGAUCUUGAUAAAUUAUCAGAAAGCCCACUGAAAUCGUUCAUCAUACUUGCUUUUUUGACUAGUUUCAUCGAGUGGUGUAAGAAAGACCAAGCAAGAACUUCACGGUUUGAAUUUUCAACUGCUGUUGACAAACCAAUGCAAUUGUGUAUUUCUGUUGGCGCGUUAGAGCAACUCUUGUCCAUCUGUGCCGAUACUUCCAUUAUUGAAACUUCUUUAUAUCAUCGAAUGAAGCCAUUUUACGAUUUUAGGACAUUCUUGCAACAACAUAUUCCUAAAUAUAGUCCUACCAGAAUAAUUGAUGUUGACCAGGAUGAAACUUCAAAGCAAAACGGUUUUCAUGGGCAAGAUAAUUCAACUAGACCGGAUGUCCUUGAAACCGGAAAGGUGUCUGUUUGUCAUACGGAAGCUGAAAAUAGAUUAGGAGAACACUUUAUCAAUCUUUUAGUUUUAUCUCUAAAUAGUUUUAUCCUUUCAUUUAUUUCAACGGCAGCAUUUGUGAUGUCACAAUUGCGAGAUGCAGAAGAGGAUUUUUUGUUGUCGUCAGAUACUUUUGACCUGGAGGUUUUAGCAGAGAAUGCGGAUCUAGAGCGGUUAUAUAUGUCAGUAUACUACCUCUAUAGUGAGAGGCAGCAUCUGAGUAGCGAAAUUUGGGCUGAUCCUACAUCAGCUACUUAUGGUUUCUUACAAUGGGCAUCCCGCUGUAAUUCUCCUUUGGUUAUGGCUACAUUUUCCAUGCUCUUGGCAGGAUUAGCGUCGACAGAAGACAAUGCUAUCAAUGUUUUUACAUUCUUACAAUCAACUAACUCCAUUAAUUCUGGUUUAAUUACUAGCCCAAAGGAAAACUCAUCGUUAUUGACAAAAUAUUCGUCUAUUAGUUGGUCAACGAUAUACUCUACUUUACUUUAUUACUGUGAUGCCUUUACGAAGACCUCUGAAUUGACCUUUGAUAAUUUGUCAAGUGAAUUAGGGAUGGAAGUUAAAGAUAAGAAAAAAAUAGUUUUAGAGUUAGGUGAAGAUUCAAUUAUUUACAUAUCUGGAUUUUUUCAGGUUUUGUCUGAAGUGGCACGGAAGAGUUCUAAAGCCCGAAUUGAACUUUUGGAAAGUGAUAACAAUCAAUUAUUCAAAAUAUUGUUCAAACUACUUAACUUGAAUACGUCUCUGGAUGGUCCAAUUUUGUCUUUAUUAAGCUCUUUGGCUGGUGAUACUAAAGAAGAGAGAUCAAAAUUGUGGAGUAUGUUAGAUGCCUGGGUGUUUCAAAAUAACAGAAAGAAUGCAUUUAUAAACUUUCCGGUUCAAAAAAUCAGCCAGCAAUUAUCCAGUUACCAAUCAGUGUGUGGUUUUAUUGAUUUGGCUAGUAAACUUUUGGAACCAUUAGAAACAUCAAAAGACGAAUUUGCACCCUUCACAUUGCCUUUUGCUCUUGACUUUGGUUCGACGCUGAGAAGGCCAGGAGUUAAGUGCUACAUAGAUUAUUUUACCAACGAAGUUUUUGCUUCUCUUGAUUCUACAGAAGUAUCUUGUAGGGAGAAAAAUCAAUUGAAAUAUUCCAUUUUAUCAAUGAUGCAACUCUGUCUGGAGCAGCUUGAUACUAAUUUAGUACUGAACUCCUCAGCCGCUGGUAUCAAAGAUUUAGAUCAAGUAAUCGAAGAUAAAAGCGUUAUUCGCUAUUUUCAGGCACAUCCAGCAUCUUCUGUUUUAUUGUCUCUCUACAAUGAUAGAGUGUAUGAUGCAAUUUUUAAAAUCUGCAAUGUUGGAUUUGACAGAAUCAAUUCACUCCACGAGGAUUCAGCAGAAAUUGUUAUUAUUGAAAAAUCACUUACUAUAAUUGAUAUUGUUUUAUCAAGUGAGAAAUUUCUGAGCGAUGAGCUGAUUCCCAUAUUACGUUUGCCAGAUAAUCCUUAUAUGGACCCAAGUGAGGUUAGCAUGACUGGUUUACGCUCUUUUUCAGAAGCAUUGCUUUUAAAUUUACCACUGGUUGCUAAUUUUGCGUUAUAUGUUGGCUCAAAUAAAUUAUCAAUUGCUCUUAAGUCGUUGUCAAUUAUAAGAAAAUUAACCGCUUCCAAAGCAUUCAGCUCAAAUAAGGUGGGAUCUCAAAAUCUCAUGAAAAGGAAUAGUAUGUUGGUAAUGUACGAAACUGUUGAUGAGUCAAUUAGGAUAAGAUCUUCUUUUAUUGAACAAAUGGAGGCCCCAAUCUCCUCUAGAGAUGCUUUAGAUCUGAAGCUUUCUAUUUUAGAUUACAUUAAAGAAAAUCUUGUCAUAAAUGGCCAUGAGCCUACAGUUAGUCAUUUUUUGCUAGGGUUUGAUACUUACAAAAUGGGAUUAGGAUCCACAGAUCAGGAUACUUCAGUUUCCUCCAAUCGCUCGCUACUGAAAUCCAUACUCAAUACUUUAAGAGACGCUGUGUUUCUAAUGUCAACUUCAAAGGUGAUCAGUUUUGUUCCUAUUAGAAUUUGUGCGUUAGGUAUGGAGAUCAUUACGACGCUUUGCAAAUCUGACAAGGUUGGUAAAAAUGUCUUACAGUUUUUGCGUUCAAACAGUAGCCAUUUAAGCUCGAAAGAUUCAUCGAACUUUAUUGUAUUUUUGCUUGAAAACUUUAGUAAAGUUCAUAAAAAUUAUGUUUUUGAUGGAAAAAAGUUUAACGGAGACUUCAAUGUUGACAAUGAUUUUGUCUCAACCGGAAAUUCCAUGUGUGCUUUGAACCUAUUUUUUGCUUUUAGAAGUUGUGUUUUAGAACUUACGGCUAUCGAGCUUCAUGUAUCUAUGCUCUCCAAUUUACCUUCUUUAUGUGACAAGUAUGUCAAGUUGCUUACACGGGCUAGGGAUUUGGCCUCGGGUAGUUUUCGAUUGAUGGACUUUCUAGAUGUUCUUGAUUUCAGCGCAACCAAUAACAUUGAACAUGUUGAUGCUUUGUUCAACAACUUGGAUUUUAACUACAUCUUCCAAAAGAUAAAGCUUUCAGGCUUGCUAAGCACUUCGAACGAGUAUCCGUAUGAUCUAUCUUUAGUUGAUGAACUUGUGAGCUUGCUUAUGAAAAGUUCGAGUCGGUUUAUAACUCCACUCCAGAAAAGUGACAGUCUAAAGUUAUUUGACAGUGAGAAAAGCAAAUUAAAAAAAAUUAUAACAUGCUCGAUUUCUUUUGACGGUUUCAAAUCCUGUGUUUCAAACUAUUUAAGCUCAUGGAGUUUAUUAGUCAAGGUGAUUGUCAGCGAAAUUGAAAUAGAUGUUAACUCUAAGCUUAUUUUUAUUCUCGAUACAUUUCAGCAUAUCGUCCCCAAAAUUGACGAAUUCUUAGAAAAAGAAACUGUAUUUGCAAAGGAGCUGAUAGAGUUGUGUGUUCAUUUAUUGCAUGUCUACAAUGAUGAAAGGAAGAACCUUUAUCUUGAUUUAGGUGAAAGAUCCAUUGGUAGAUUGUUAGAUUUUGAAAGAUUAUAUCCAGUUUUCAAGGUGUCACUACAUGGUAUUAUUUCUGCAACAUCCACUUCAGCGUUGAGAUCUGACCUAUACAUAAUGGCUCAGAAAGUACUUGAAGGAACCAGUGGAAUGACAACCGUUACCGGUGAAUUAUCUACUUUACUAAGAUCUUUAGAUACAAGAGUCUUUGAUGUGAUUCGCCAUGAUUCUUUAGUUGGUAAGGGUUCCAAUCGUCUAACUUCUCUGCUUUUAUUGGAAGAGUUUGUUAAAGCUUUCCUUCAGUCCCAAACGUCUUACAUCCAAGAGGAAUUUAUUUCUGAAAGUUUUUGCAUAGGUAAUUAUUUGUAUUCCUUGGUUAAAAAUCUUAAAGUGACUGAUGAGAUUUUUUGUCGUACACUGGAUAUGACCGUUGAUAGUGGAAUAACAUUACAAACUUUAGUAUAUGAGCUGACUGCGUUUAAGACGAGUGUGAGCUUUUUGACUCGAGUUGCUCAAACCAGGAUAGGUGCGCAAAAGCUUCUUAGAAGUGACAUAUUUAACGUUAUCAGAGAUUGCAAAUUCUUACAACUUGAUGCUGAUUUGGGGUUUGAAAUUAGACUAGACGACUCCACUCGUUUCAAUAAAGGUUCAUUAAAAAUGAAAGUUAUGCUUGACUAUCCAUUAGGGACUGAUUUGUCACUAAAUGGAACUGACACUAUAAAUAUGGACACAAUAUCGUAUUACGAGAUAUUUAGGCCCAUAUUUCAACUGAUAGUUACCAUUGUGAUCACUUUGGGCCCCCAAAACUCCACUUGCCUUCUACAGGCUACAGAGUUGCAUAAUCAUUUUGAAAAGCUAAUUGCCGCAAUUUUAAAGAGAGAUAUACAGUAUCAUGAAUAUACUGAGUCACAUGGGAAAAUUGGUAAGAGUGUAAAAGGACCAUUUUCUGAACGAAACAUACAAAACUUGGAAGAGCUGACUAAAAUUUUUACUAUUUUGGACACAUUGCUUGGCUAA